CAGAGCCAUGGUUCGGAACUUGUGCGAGAACCUGUCGCCCGAGCGAACCGACGGCUCGUGCGAACCCGAGGCGAUCGUGACGCGGACCCCAGCCUCCGUGGCGAUCGGCAACCGCGGGAACAACUCCAUGGACGACGCGGACUUCGGCGACGUCUUCGGCCGACAGCUGCCGUCGCGCGAUUACCCAGACGCGAACGCGUGGUGGGAUCCAGACGCAUCCGGAACGUCCUCCGGAGGAUCCGAUAGCGACGGCGGCGACUGCGUCUUCCUGGAGAACGACAUCGACGGGUUCCGAUCGACGGGCGGGGUGAUGAGCUGCGGGAACCAGGCCGGGGCGGUGUGGGCGUACAACUGCGGCGUCGGCGACGGGCGUCAACACUCGGGCAAGUUUACGUUUUAUCCGAGAGCCGCGGGGUGGUCGACGAUGGUUCCGGAUGAUCUGGAAACUUCCGCGAACGUCCGGAAGUUCGUGGAGCACGCGCUGGGUCAUCGAACAGGCGGGCGUCGCGGGGGCGCCAAGGCGGCCGAGUCGUCGAGCGGAAGUUUCCAGAACGCCGAGGCGGAUGCGGUGGCGGGGACCAAACUCGCGAGGGGAAACCCGCUCGCCGCGUUCGGCGGCUGGCUCCUCUCCCUCACCGAGGAGACGCGGGACGGGGACGGGGGUUCGGGUUCGGGUUCGGGUUCGGGUGUUGGUUCGUCCUGGUGGGGCGGACUCGUGGACGCCAUCCUCACGCCCGUGCGACACGUCGCGCGCGCCGUCUUCCAGUUUAUGCUGGGCGCCGUGCUCAAGUUUAUGCUCGGGAACAAAUACGAGUUCGAGUGUCCGCUGGUGACGGUGUCCGACGUCGUCGACUCGCACGAGCUCGACGAGAUCGACUUACUCAAAGUCGACGUGGAGCGUUCGGAGCUCGCGGUGCUCAAAGGGGUACGUCCCGAGCACUGGGCGAUGGUGCGACAGGUGGCGAUGGAGGUGCACGACAGCGCGGGGGGGACGAAGGAGCUCGAGGAGUGCAGGAGACUCUUGCGCGACGUCGGCAAGUUCGACGAGAAAAGGAUCGUCGCGGAACAGCCAGACGACCUGGAGGGCAGCACGCUGUGGAACCUGUACGCGAGCAGGGCGUGAGGGGGAUGGAGGGGGGGGUUUCUUCGGUUGGGCGGCGGCCAGCGCUUUGCGCUGGCCGAGCCACUCGGUGGGUCAGUUGAUAAUAAUAAUCUCGUCUCUCGUCGGUAU